AUGUCGUGUGCAAUUGAACUAUCGGAAUACCAAAUCAGUUAUGAACCAAGGGCUUCCAUAAAAGCUCAAGCCCUCACAGACUUCAUAGCAGAGAUGACCCACGCUGGUGCAGUGGAAAAUCAGAAUAGUGAAACCCAGGCGACGUGGAAACUGUAUGUUGACGGUUCGACCAACGCCAAAGGGUCAGGUGCCGGUAUGAUAGUCGAAAAUCCAGAUGGCGUGGUGAUGGAACAUUCUUUGACUUUUGAUUUCAACACAACCAACAACCAGGCUGAAUAUGAGGCUAUGAUAGCCGGUCUGCUUCAAGCCAGAGAAUUGGGUGCCCAACACCUCAAGGUUUUUAGCGAUUCACAGCUAGUUACCUUUCAAAUUUCAGGCGAGUAUCAAGCCAAAGGCCCACUGAUGAGCAAAUACUUAAAAAGAGUCAAAGAAAUAAUGUCGACCUUUAAGACAGUCAAGGUUGAACACAUUAGGCUGGCAGAAAAGACGCGUGCUUACAUCCUCGCAAAAUUGGCCAGUACAAAGAGCCCAGGUAAUAAUCGUUCUGUCAUCCAGCAUAAUCUGCCAAACCCAUGCGUCGUCAUGAGUAUUACAGUUGCGGAAGGCGCGAUCGCCGAGGAUUCAUGGCUUACUCCAAUCGCAAACUACUUGGUAGAAGGAACGCUGCCGCCAGACGAAAAAGAAGCCAAAAAGACUGUACGAAGGAGUGCCCACUUCUGCAUGAUGAACAGCCAGUUAUACAAAAGAGGUUUUUCAACCCCACUUCUGAAGUGUUUGAGCUCGGACAACGUGGAAUACGUGCUUGAGGAAAUCCACGAAGGAAUCAACGGCCACCACAUCGAUGGACACUCCCUGGCAAGGGAAGCACUUAGAGCAGGAUUCUACUGGCCAACCAUGGAGCGAGAUGCUCAUAACCAUGUUAAAAAAUGUGAAAAGUGCCAACGGUUUGUCGACAUACACAAAGCCCCGUUAGAGGAGUUAAUGUCGAUCACAUCGCCCUGGCCAUUUCACAAAUGGGGAAUGGACAUUCUUAGACCAUUUCCAAAGGCCACAGGGCGUGUGCAAUGGCUGAUUGUCGCCAUCGACUACUUCACCAAAUGGGUAGAAGCUGAGCCAGUUGCUACCAUCACAUCCCAGAAGGUUAGGAAAUUUUUCUGGCGAAACAUCGUUUACCGUUUUGGCAUUCCAGGUGAGGUCAUUACUGAUAAUGGCACCCAGUUCACUGAUUCCAAGUUUUGA